GAUCUCUGAAAAAUCUGCAUUGCAUUUUGCUCAUGGUGCCUAUGCUGCAGAAAUUAUCAGACUGACCAGCAUACCUUGAGCAUUCACCAGUGGGAAAAGUGCAUUCGCAAUUUUGGAACCCUGUGGAUUUGCUGAAGUGAUAUCAACAGGGAUUUUGCUAUUUGGUCCAUUCUUGAUGUUCCUUUGUGGCAGCUGAAACACGGUGACUCAUCUGUGCUCUGACCAACAGACAGCCAGAAGAAUUUUCAGGCGAGUCUUGGCUCUGAACAUCUCAGCCAGGUCUGAUGGUACCAAGCAAACGUUGAACCGUUGUGAGGCUUCCGACCCACAGCAACUAUUGCAGAAGUGCAACAUGUCACAGUCACAGACAAUAUGGGCAUCGGGCACAGAGUGUAUAGCCAAAUACAAUUUCAGUGGCAGCGCAGAGCAAGACCUUCCAUUUAACAAAGGCGAUGUUCUCACCAUUAUAUCAGUUACCAAGGAUCCCAACUGGUACAAAGCAAAAAGCAAAAUAGGUAAAGAAGGAAUUAUCCCUGCAAACUAUGUCCAGAAGAGAGAAGGAGUCAAGUCUGGAGCCAAGCUUAGCCUUAUGCCCUGGUUUCAUGGAAAAAUUACUCGUGAGCAAGCUGAGAGGCUACUGUAUCCACCUGUAGACGGUUUAUUUUUGGUACGGGAAAGUACAAACUAUCCUGGUGAUUACACACUGUGUGUGAGCUGUAGUGGGAAGGUGGAACAUUACCGGAUCAUUUAUUCGGCCAGCAAGCUCAGCAUCGAUGAAGAAGCCUAUUUUGACAACCUGAUGCAAUUGGUAGAGCAUUACACCAUGGAUGCAGAUGGGUUGUGUACACGUCUCAUCACUCCCAAACUCAUGGAAGGAACAGUGGCAGCGCAGGAUGAAUUCUCUCGAAGUGGGUGGGCUUUAAAUAUGCGAGAGCUCAAAUUAUUACAGACAAUAGGAAAAGGAGAAUUUGGAGAUGUGAUGUUGGGUGAAUACAGAGGAAACAAAGUUGCAGUGAAAUGCAUUAAACAUGAUGCAACUGCGCAAGCAUUUGUUGCUGAGGCAUCUGUGAUGACGCAACUUCGCCACAAAAACUUAGUACAACUACUGGGUGUCAUCGUGGAAGAAAGUGGCUCACUGUACAUUGUAACAGAGUACAUGGCAAAAGGAAGUUUGGUGGACUACCUAAGAUCACGAGGAAGAUCUGUUCUUGGUGGAGAUUGUUUACUAAAGUUUUCCAUUAAUGUCUGUGAAGCAAUGGAAUACCUGGAAGCAAAUAAUUUUGUACAUAGGGAUUUAGCGGCUCGUAAUGUUUUGGUCUCUGAGGAUAACAUAGCUAAAGUUAGUGAUUUUGGUCUUACAAAAGAAGCUUCAUCUACGCAAGACACCGGGAAGCUGCCAGUAAAAUGGACUGCGCCUGAAGCUCUUAAAGAAAAGAAUUUUUCUACUAAAUCGGAUGUUUGGAGUUAUGGGAUUCUUCUAUGGGAAAUUUACUCUUUUGGGCGAGUGCCUUAUCCCAGAAUGCCUCUGAAAGAUGUGGUUCCUCGUGUCGAGAAGGGUUACAAAAUGGAUCCACCUGAUGGGUGUUCUCCUUCUGUUUACGAGUUGAUGAAACUGUGCUGGGAACUGGACCCUGGUCGAAGACCUACCUUCAAUCAGUUGAGAGCUAUGUUGCAGGAAAUCAGAACUAAGGAAAUGCGCCUGUGACAGUCCAGAAUGCCAUGGAACUUUUUCUUUUGAAAAAAUAAACUGCUCAAUAUUGAACCAAGAGUGCUGAGACUUUUACAAAGCAACCUUUAAAAAAAAAUGAACUCCUCAUAUCAUGGCCUUGUGUUUCAUCCUCCCUGUCUAUCCCUGAGUUGUGUACUGCGGCAGCACAGUAUCCCCUUAUCCCGAUUUUAAAAAGCAUGCUUACUCAUCUUUGUCAGGACUCUUCAGUUGUUGUGGUCUUUGUUUUGUGCCAAGUGCCUCCAGCCAAAAGACGGUGCUUAUUUGCUUAUCUAUACUCUGUGACAUUUGUUCGACCAAAUGAGUCAAAAUGAGAUCUAGUGAUGAGUUAUCUCUUAACCAACAUAACACAGUUCUCUGGGGUUUUUUGCUUUCCCAUCUAAAUUUGCUUAGCCAGAUUUUUUUUUAAAUACUUGUAGUUUUUAUAAAGGAAAAUGGAUUUUCAGUUUUAUGUUCCGUAAUGCUCCACUGAUUUGAAGUAAACUCAUUGCAUGUAGUGUGGGAAGUAUUCAUUUCUGUCAGUGCGUUACACUCAUUUUAGCUGCCAAGACUGAGAUUAAAAUAAUGAAAUAAACCAUUCCAUAUGACCAUU